AUGCUGACGAUUCAGACAACAAUCUCCGAUCUCGUCCAGAUCCCGCCGCACGGGUUCCGCAACAACCAGAUCACCCGCGAUGAUCUCGAAGACAGGAUCAACGAGAAAUACUCCAACAAAGUCUUGCAGAAAGUCGGACUGUGUAUUUGCAUGUACGAUCUCUUAAAGGCUUCAGACGGGUUGAUAGGUAACGGGACUGGAAAUGCCAACGUCAACGUUGAAUUCCGCAUGAUCGUGUUCCGACCUUUCAAAGGUGAAAUCAUCACAGGCACAGUGCAAAAUUGUACUCCGGCGGGCAUCCAGAUCACCACGCAAUUCUUUGAAGACAUAUUUGUUCCCCAGACGAUGCUCUUCGAGGGAUGCGAAUACAACGAAGCCGAAAAAACAUGGUUAUGGAGAACGGAAGAAUCCGAGCUCUGGUUCGAUAUCGGCACGGUCGUGAAUGUCCGAGUCGAAUCAGAGAAGUGGCAGGAUCAAGCACCCAAAGCCCCAACCAAGAGUGCCGGAGGUGAUGCGGUGCAGGAGCGUGCAGUGCCUUUCUCCAUCGAGGUAAGCAGCGUAUGA